AUGUUUGGGAAGUCAGUGACUGCUUCCAGUUCAAGAGCUAAGGUCACUGAACUGGCAUUUCCUGGUGAAGGUCUUAUCUUUUUCACCAUUUUGUCCUCUCUGGUCGACAUUGUUUACAUAAGAAAAAGUCAGUUUGAGUCAUCUGUGGAAGGAGAAGAACUGGCUGAGCUCCAGAAUUUGCAUGACUGCACAUAUGAGCUAACACAAAGGUUUUAUGAAAAUGGCUACAUGACCUUUAGACAUAGCUUGAUGCACAAUGGCCCCAUUCCUGAAAAAGAGAAGGACAUACAGGCAUCUCCUGAUGGACCAGCUUGGUGCUGGUGGCUUAUAUUAACUUUGCCCCUUGAUGUGACCCGCAAGUUGGCUGUCUUUUCUGACACAUCCCUGAAGAGCCGACUCACUCAGCUGAAGAAUAUUCUGAAUGUCGUUUUGGAAAGCAGCGAAUUCAAUAGCUAGCUCUCCAGUGUCAUCCUGGGAAGAAUGCUGUGGCACAAAAGGAGCAAAUUCUGCACUGUAUUCCCCACCAUUUUUCUUGGUGGGGUUGAAGCCUUAACUUUUUUUUGUUUUUCUUUUUGUUCUCUGUGCGUACAUGUGUUUUUUUUGCUGUAGACCUGACCCCAGCCAAUAGGCAAUGAAUCGGUAAACUGAAACCAUGUAUGAAACCGUAGCAAGUUCCACUAAUGUUGGUGCACCAUCCACAGAGAGUCUUUAAUUGACCUUUUUAGGCAUAAAAGGCAGUGGGUCUAGAAGUGACAUUUGCCGAGGCACCUGACUGGCUUACCUGCCUUGCACUAAAUGAAGAAAUAGCUGCUUCCUCAGGCAAAAGGCAUAGAGUCCUAGGUCUUGGGUCUUACAAAUGGGUUCUGUGUAUGCUAGAUCCUUAAAAAAGAAACAUCUUUAGAAAAGGCUGUCACAUUUGAGUCUCAUUUACUGUUUUGUUACAGAUGUGCUCAUUACUUAUUUGUUUUGGUCUAUAUGUUGCUAAAAUGAUCUUUCUGGAAGGCUAAAAAAAGUUUGCUUGAAUAGUAUCCAGUCAGACUAGGAUCUCGGAAACCCAGGUUUGAAUCUUCCUUCUGCUGGGUGACCUUGGGCCAG